GUCCCGCCCGGGCAGCGCCGCGCACCAUGGGAGGCUGCGAAUUCCUCCUCCUCGGGAAGCCCCGCUCCCUCCUCUCGCUGGGCCUCUUCGCCCUGGUCCUGCUCGAGGUGCACUGGGGCGCUGCGGCUCCCUUGCAGUCCAACGGCGGAGCCUCCCCUCUGGCCAAGAUCUACCCCAGGGGCAGCCACUGGGCGGUGGGACAUUUAAUGGGGAAAAAGAGCACUGGAGAUUUUCCCUAUGUUUAUGAAGAAGAAAACAAGAUCCCAUUUUCAGCAUUACCUGAAAAUGUCAAGCAGCUGGGAGAUUACCUGCAAUGGGAAGAAACGUUGAAGAAUUUGCUAAGGCUGUUAGAAGGGAAUGAAAACAGAAGCGCUCAGAUCCUAAGGGAAGAGCUUCCGUGGUAUACCAAGAACACUUGGGAGACAGAUGAUGACAGCAGCUUUAAAGAUGUAAGUUUAAAACAAGAAGAUGAUGGAUUAUCUGCUUCAAGUUAUGAAUAGGAAAGAAAGCACUCCAAGCUGAAGUGAAGAUCUUCCAACCUUGAAGGAAUAGAAUAGUAUCCUUAAGAGACUAUGUUUCACAAGCACUCAAUUGUAACAGAUAACCAACAAGGUUUCUUUUGUGUAAACAAGAUUACUUUUGUGUAAAAUACCUAAACACUUGUAUUCUUGUAUGUUCCAACACUGACUAAACUCUUCUCCUUUUUUUUUCUCCAAGCUGCAUCUUGUUUGAACUGCUUUGCUGUAAAUAAUUGUCCAGGAAGGGUCUUCCAGUUAUCUGACUUCUCUGUCUAACCAGUUCAUCUUUAGGUUAAAACUACAUGACA